GCCCAGAUGCGGGCGCGUUCAGCCGUCAGCCACACACGCAGAGACACGCACGGCGCAAGCGCAACUUGGCGCGAGAAUAACAGAAAAAUAUGCCCACUCCACAGCUGGUGACCACUGCCAAGCGAAAGGAACCGGGGCGAUCUGCCUCCUGGGGGAAAGAUCUUGUUCACCUGGACGCACGCGCGCGCCCGCGCCCGCACGGACGGGGGCCCCGCGGCCUGCUCCUGGACCGAAAUCUUCCCUUCCCAGCGCUUUUGCAUCAUCCUCGUCGUCGUCGUCGUGGUGGUGGCACCUAAAAGUCUACGUACAAGGUAUUUGCCCAGGGUCAGCUUGCAGAGACAAGAAGAAAAAAAAGGGGGGGGAGGGGGUGUCCACUCCACUGUGGCCAGUGGGCACUGGCAGUCCCCAUCGGCUGCUGCCUUUUCGCUGCACAUUCAGCAAAGCAGAGCCUAUAAAUAGGUACGUCCGUCGCCUGGUGGCAUGCACACCACUGCACCGAGCUUCUCCAUCUCCAGAGCUACACUGACUAGGGAACUGCUUUGCUGGCUUGGAGGUUCACGACGAGGCAUGCCGGUCUGCUUCUUACCAGCAUCCAUGGCGGGCCAGGUGCAGCGGACGGCGCCGUCCUCGUCCUCGCCCUCGCCGCGGCAGCUGCCGGUCAUCAACCUUGGCAGGCUCGGGAAGGACCCGGCCACGCGGGCGCUCGCCAUCCAGGACAUUACCAGAGCGUGCCGCGAGCAGGGCUGCUUCCAGGUGGUGAACCACGGCGUCAGCAACUCCGUCAUGGCAGGCGCAUUCGAGGCCGCCUCGGAGUUCUUCCAGCUCUCGCCAGAGCACAAGGAGCUGUUUGCAUCGACCGACAUCGGAAGGCCUGUCAGGUAUGACACGAGCUCAAGGGACGGGAUCAGCAGGGCCAGGUCGUUCCUGAAGCACUACGCGAACCCUCUGGAAGACUGGGUCCAGUACUGGCCACUGCACCCUCCAUCAUACAGGAAGAAAAUGGGGGAGUAUGCAGUUGAAAUACAGAGGGUGUCAAUGCAGCUCAUGGACGCUAUCCUGCAAGGUUUAGGGUUAAAGCCGCUGUACAUGCAAGAGAAACUUGACAAGGGAGUGCAGUUCCUGGCCCUGAACAGCUACCCACAGUUCUCACAUCGAGGUGACAAGGUCGGACUGGCUCCUCAUUCCGACUAUGGCUUCCUCACAAUCCUGAUGCAGAGCUCCCCGGGGCUGGAAGUGAUGCCCCAUGACCGUGACACCUGGACGCCCGUCCCCGCGAUCCCCGGGGCCCUCCAUGUCCAUGUUGGGGACCACCUAGAAGUCUUGAGCAACGGUCGUCUCAAGUCCCUUGUCCACCGAGCCAUUCUCAACCCUGAUGAAGCAAGAAUUUCCAUUGCCAGCAUCCAUGGUCUCUCCAAGGAUGAGAAGGUCUGCUGCGCCGAGGAGCUGGUCGACGAGGUGAACCCAGCAAUGUACAGGGAGAGCAGCUUCCAGGACUUCCUCGACUUCCUACCGUCAAAUAUCAACAACUACAAGAGGUUUGUUGAGAGCCUCAAGAUCGACAGAGCUUGAGAAGAAAAGCAUUGGUUCGGUUCCGCUGCACCAGAACAUAGCUAAAUGGCAUUCUUCAGAUACGAAUGGAAAGCCAGAUGAUACCAAAAAUAAUAAUAAAAGAUUGGAUGUCUUUCAAUUAAUAGGGUAUUGUGAUGAGAAGACGGGUCUAUAUGGCUUGCAGCAUUGCUACAUUGAAGAUACAGAUUCAUAUAGACAUAGCAAGCACAUUGGCGCUGCUAUGUGUAUUCUGCAGAGCAGGUCUGUCCAAGUGAUAUCGAUGUCUCUCUGCAAAUUAAAGAGUCUAGUUCUACAUCCUUAGUACUAAAAUGCUCAUUUAACUAUGUCCAAAUGGAGGAGAGCCGGCCGGCUAUGUACUGUUGCGUUGUACCAUAUGUGUAGCGUGUAUCUCUUGUUACUACUACUAGUCUACUACUGUAUCUGCAGUGUAUAUGCAGUCAAUAAUCGCUGCAGGUAAGGUAAGGUAAGGUAAUGUAUCAGUAGAGCUGCACCCGCACUCAGCCUGGCUGCAUCAAGCUGGACUGAGGUCCCUUUUUUUUCUCCUUUUCUUUCUUUGGGGAAAUGCAUUGUGGCUGCAUGUCUCUUUCACUAAAAGGAGGACCUGGGGAACCUUGCUAGGUUUUUCAGGUUGUUUGGUCCUACACUAUGUGUAUACCAAUCUUGUAUCAGCUACCCAAUAAAUAAAGUCUAAUAACUAUUGCAUG